CUGGCCAUAUGAGAAGUCACCUUGUUUAGACCAAAACAUCAACGUUUAGGCGUAUGAUGAACACAUGCAAUAAUGUUUUGUGUCAUCACUGCUGUGUAUAUGCAGAGCUGUGAGAAUGUUUGCUCUCAGUUCCUCAAAAGGAAUGCUUCCCCAGGACAUUCUUGUCGUCAUCACUCAAAUCUCGGCAAAUAUCGCGCGCUUACUGUACGUAACGGGACAGCCCAGCGUGGCAGCUUCAGCUGUUACUAUAGCAACAGCCUCCCUCCUCUCUCCUCUCUCAUGCUACCUCAUCCAGCAUCUCUUCCUUCCUCCUUACCGACACAGCAGCGGUAGGUAACAGCAGCGCCGGCGCGUCCACCACAACGGAAAAUAAACAUGGCGCUCAUUCCUUCCCAAAUCCUAAGAGUAGCCAUACUCCUGUCGUAUUUAUCCAUCAUCUGCAAUUACAAAGCCAUAGACAUGCCCGCGCAUCAGACAUACGGCGGUAGCUGGAAGUUUCUGACGUUCAUAGAUUUGGUCAUCCAAGCUGUGUUCUUCGGAGUGUGUGUCCUGACAGACCUUUCUAGCCUAUUGAUGAAGGGCACAGCCAAUGUGGAGCAAGAAAGGCAACUCCGGAAGCUGAUUGGUCUGCGGGACUGGAUGAUGGCUGUGCUAGCCUUCCCUGUAGGAGUAUUUGUGGUGACCAUGUUCUGGAGCCUGUACCUCUAUGACAGAAAUUUGGUGUACCCAAGACUCCUGGAUAAUUUCAUACCUCAGUGGCUAAACCAUGGAAUGCAUACGACAGUGCUUCCUUUCAUCAUCAUUGAGAUGAGAACCACACGUCACCUCUAUCCCAGCAGGAUGUGUGGACUCUUGGCUGUGUGCUGCUUCUGUGUGGGAUAUGUCCUUUGGAUGUGUUGGGUGUAUAACGCGACGGGAGUCUGGGUGUACCCACUGUUAGAGCACAUAGACACGGUGGCCAGAGUGGUGUUCUUCAUCUGCCUCACAGCACUCACCGGCCUGUACUACAUCAUGGGGGAGAUCCUCAACAGCUAUAUCUGGGAUUCCUCAAGGAGUAAGUUUGUGUGGUGUGUGUGUAAGCACGAUAAGGUCUGUGAGUGGUAUAUGAUGACUCCUUGAAAUGAGCUACAGUUGUACUUUUCUUAUUGUCUGCCACACACAAGAGGAGAAUAUCUCCAAACAUGCCUGGAGGUGGUCUGCUGUUCAGCACCCACACAUGCACUCUGCUGCUAUUAGCAUUAUUAGAGCUUAGGAGCACAGAGCAUUGUGGGUGUCAGAAACAGAUGGGAGUGUGAGCAGUCUGAUAACAGCAGAUGGUGAAGUCUUCUUGGCCUCCCACCUGAUUGACACUGACCCACAAAUCACGAGAGCUUUUCGAGUACUUGCACACACAAACCUAGACCCACAUACAUAGUCCUACAUUUGCAAGGUUAUCUUAUGUGCCUAGCACUUGGAGAUACUUUGCUUCUUGCUUAGACCAUGGCAGGCAUUUCACACAAAACGCUAGUGUGUCUAAGAGUUAAUGACAGCUAGCAGAUCAUGAACUGAUUACAAGCAGUUUCAACGU